GCUCGAUCGGAAAUUGCUUUCGCGUGCGCGUUCAUUGUGUUCUGUCUCUUGGCUUACCUCGUCGUCAGUUAGACGGCAAUCUGCUUCAUUUUGAAUGCGUUCUCAGUUUCUCGUGCGCAGGACGCGAUCGUUGCUCAAGACCCCCUCUGUCACCCUUCAACGUGCAUUAAUAUCAUCUACCCGUCCCAAGAAAUACCCUCGGAAGGUUUCAGUUGCACCUUCUUCAAAGCCACCGGUCUCCGAACGUUCUUCAUCUUCAGUAGCACUUUCACAUUCUGGUCCCCCGGCCAGUCCUGACGCGCCAGACACACCUCCAGCAGAUGAUUCCAAUGAAACACUCACCGAGGAAAUCGAAGCAGUACCGGAGGAAGUAGAAAAACCCAAACGUCGAACGAGAACUUCAAACAAGGAAGCCGUUGAUACACCUCCCCCGCCAAUACCUCUACCUGGAGGCCUGGAUAUCCUCUGGGCACCCGAUGCUCCAGCAAAUGCCGAGUCGCAAACGUCCUCUUCGGAUCCAGCAUUACCACCUCCAGAAAUACUGGAGGAAAUACUGACUAAUUUGCAUGUAACGUUGCAUCCUCAGACGCAACAUAAAGCUACAUAUGCGAUCUCUGGUCCCACCAUAGAGCCUACAUUUGCUUUGUAUUGUCCCAUAGAGGGUGGCGACUAUAUUCUUGACGCGACUGUCCGGGAGAUGGGUCGGCAGGUGGGUGCCGAUGUCGUAGUGUUGGAUGCAGUCCAAUUUGCUGCAGGGGAAAGUGGACAGUUUGGUAAAGCAGCGGCUGUAUUUAACCCCCCACAGAACCCUCUUCACUUUCACGCAACCACAUCUCAGCCUUCACCGCGACCAUCGGAGGAAGACGACGAUGACGAUGAACAUGAGUUUUCCCCUCGUCAGACAAGACAACUCACUUUGCAUGUGAUGACACCGAUGUCUGCUGGUCGUUCAGGUCGCACAUUCCUGCAACAGCGUAAAGGGCCUUCUUCUACGUCCAAGCUGAAAGCGUUAUUUGACGAGUUGAUCAACGUGAAGCCGCCAACUUCUUCUCCGGAAGAGCCUCCACCGCGCAGGCCUCGGAUCAUAUAUAUUAGAGACUUUCCUACCCUGGCAGAAUCGUCAUCUACUUGGUAUCCUGCCUUGCUAGCAUCUGUACGCCAGCGACGACUAGGUCCUAUGGCCCGGUCCUCAUCUCCGGUAUUCAAUCCUACCACAAUCGUCUUUGGGAUCACACCGCCCCUUGUCUCCCCUCAACCGAGACCCACGUCUCCCGGUUCCGGGCUGUUGCAACAAAUAAUGCAAUCGAGAGGAAGAUCUUCUCCGAAGGCUCGAGGUCAAAAGGUAGAUUACGGUGAGAACGAAGAAGCUGACAAGGCCAGAGAGAAGCGUCUGAUGGAUCGUCUGCGAAGAUGGCAGAAGGGCGAUUCUUCCCUUCAUAAUGACAUUCCCCGGUUAGCGACUUCUAGUGCGACUGAAGAAUCUGACAACUCAGACGGAUCGCCAGAGAUAGUCGUGUUAGGUGGAGGUGAAGGUAUCCCCGGGAUUGCACAGUUUGCCCAGGCAUUAACUGGCCGAGGCAAGACAAACGAAUCAUCGCAACCCUCGUCCGAACCUUCAACAACACCUUUUUUCCGAACCUCAAUUGUUGUACCUAGCCAACGGUUACCUGCCAGGGAGAAAGAGUGUCGUAUGGCUAGGCGAAGGGAGAUUAACGAACUUACCAUGCGCAUGGGAGUCGCUGCUGUCGGCGGCGUACUUGGGAAGCUAGAACUCGACGUUUCUGAACCAGAUGCUCAAGUAUCCGAGAGUAACCCAGAGUCAUUAUCCAAGAAGGUCUUGGAAGAUUGGGGUCAACGAAUAGAGUUAUGGCCUGAUGUACGACAAAUCGCGGAUCGUGCUGUUGGUGCUGAGAUUGCAAAUCAACGGGAUACUAUCCAGUUUUCUCUUGAACCUAUUCACAUCUCGUGGUCCACAAUAUUUCAGGCAUUGGACGCAUAUACACGUCAAAGUCAUUCUCGGAAAUCGUGGAUUCAGCAGUCUAUAGAUCAGACUGUAGAGGAAGAGGGUGAGGAUGGAGAGAAAGCUCCUAAGAAGGAGGUUGUGGAUGAAGUUGUCCAACAAAUCAAACGGGACGCUGAAGACGGCGAGCUUGACCAGUACGAGCAGAGGCUUGUACGAUGCAUAGUGGAUCCCACAUCUUUAAAGACUACUUUCAGUCAGGUUCACCUUCCUCCCCACACAAUCGACUCUGUUCGGACAAUUGUUUCAUUACCCCUUCUCCACCCAUCCGCAUUCCAGUCCGGCAUUCUUAAAGAACACAGUAUGACUGGUUGUCUCUUGUUCGGUCCUCCGGGAACGGGUAAGACUCUUGUUGUCCGCGCUCUAGCUAAAGAAGCAGGCACUCGUAUGCUCCUCGUACAACCUUCGGACGUCAUGGACAUGUAUUACGGAGAGGCGGAGAAACUUGUUCGCGCAGUGUUUGCUCUUGCACGGCGUCUUGCUCCCUGCGUAGUCUUCAUAGACGAGAUUGAUGCUCUGUUCGGUGCUCGAGAACGCGGGGGAGGCGACUAUGCACAUAGAGGCACAAUCACUGAGUUUAUGCAAGAAAUGGAUGGCCUCAGGUCUUCCAAAGACGAUAACAUUAUCGUCAUUGGUGCUACAAACAGGCCGUUCGAUCUCGAUGAUGCUGUGCUUCGUCGCUUACCACGAAGGCUACUCGUGGACCUGCCUGGAGAAAAGGAAAGAGAAGGAAUCCUGAAGAUUCUUUUGAGAGACGAGCAGCUCGAAACCGAUGUCGAUUUGAAUACACUUGCUCGCAAGACCGAAAGCUUCUCUGGUUCAGAUCUGAAGCACCUCUGCGUAGCUGCUGCAUUGGAUGCGGUGAAAGAGGGCGUAUCUCUCCCAUGGCGCCCGUCACCACCAAAUACAAAUGUGGAAAGUCUAAACCCCGCCGCAUCCGCGGCCAUUCCUGUUGAGCUCCUGGCUACGCCUGAGCUAGAGACACCCUCACUGUCAAGCUCUUCUCCAGUUUCGGAGUCAGCACAGACUACUUGUGCUACCGAUAUUGGCUCAUCAGAGCCAGCCGCUGCGUCAUCCAAGCCAUCUACGAUUGAGAAGCCUGGACAAGGUUCAACCCAGAUCCACAAACCAGUGGAGCAGUUGACUGCCCGCGGACAAGACUCGGCAUCAUCUGCUAGCUCGUCAUCGUCGACUAGUACACCCACUCUGCCGGAGGCACCGCCCAGGAAACUUUCAUGGCGCAACUUCGAAGUCGCUCUGAAAGAGAUCACGCCUUCGUCCUCCGAAGCCCUUGCAUCGUUGAACGACCUUCGUAAGUGGAAUGAUGAGUUUGGUGAGGGACGCAAAGGACGCAAGAAGCAUGUGUGGGGGAAGGAUAAGUUUGGUUUCACUGGUAGACCUCUCGAUGGUGGUAAUGAAGUCAAAAUCGGUCGCUCAUGAUUUCGCUCUUGUCAAGGAACAGAUGAAGCAAUACUACAGUAGGCUAUCAAGAAUAGAGGGUAAUCAGUACAUAUAGUGAGAGGCCCAGGCCUCAUAAUCAGACGGUCAUUAGGCGCAAAACAGCACAUAAAUGUCUGGCGGGAAAUCUACAAAAGGGUGUCAGCGGCGACUUUUUCGCUUCUGGGCGCGUGGUUGAGGAGUUGCAUUCUCUUCUUCCUCUUCUUCCUCGUCAUCUACUACUGCUUUCUUCUUGCCCUUACCCCUCCCAUUCUGUCGCGGCUGAGAAGAUUGCGAAGACGCAGCUCUUGAUUCUGCUUGCGAUUGUGCCCGAAAGGCAAGGUCAUCAACCUCACCAUCGACGUCCUCUUCAUCGCUGCCUUCUUCGCUGGAUCUCUGCCUAACUCGUCGUUUACCCUUAUCUUGUCCUUCGCUCCACCCUUCCUCGCCCACAGGGAGAGGUUGCCAGUGGUUGUUACAUGUCGGGCAUGUCUGGGUACGCCGUUUGUAGCCGUUAUAGCAGUAAGUGUGCAUACGCGAUUUACAUUGAGGGGUAUUACACCGG